UUUCCCAAUUCAUAACGUUCUCUAAGCUCAACCACCAUGUCCAAACACCAUCCAGAUCUCAUAAUGUGCAGGCGGCAGCCUGGUAUUGCCAUCGGGAGACUAUGUGAGAAGUGCGACGGGAAAUGCCCCGUUUGCGACUCUUACGUGCGACCAGAAACUCUCGUGCGUAUCUGUGAUGAGUGCAACUUUGGUACUUACGGUGGAAGAUGCAUAAUCUGUGGCUCGCCUGGGAUCUCCGAUGCCUACUAUUGUGCGGAGUGCACCAGGUUAGAGAAGGAUCGAGAUGGUUGUCCUAAGAUUGUCAAUCUUGGCGCAAGUAGAACGGACCUGUUCUAUGAGCGGCGUCGUUUAGGCUUCAAGAAGGGAUAGCUUCUUCUUCUUCUUCUUCUUCUUCUCCUCCGCCGCUAGUUGUUUGUAUUAUAUAUCUGUCUUUCACUCUUGCACCGCUGUCAUUCCUGUAUCAUUAGUCAACAAUGUCACAUGAAGUGCUUCAUAUUGAGCCUUGUAUGUGAUACUACGCAUUUGUAUGCUUGAAAGCAGGAAUAUACCUAGAAUAUACCAUUAAGUGCAUG